UGCUGUUGAAAAGGUAAUGGCUGCAAAGGCUGAGGCAGACAAUGUCAGACGGUCUCAAGAUAUCCAUGAUGGAUAGGAGAAGCUCAGGAGGCAGUGACUCCAGACGGGACGGUGAGGCUGGUGGCCCUGCUUGGGCGAUACCCUGUACUUGCAUCCCUGCCUGUGAUUGCAUUCUCGCCCGGUUUUGUAGUCUCAAUGACCUUCUCCAUCCUUGUUGUCCUCUUCCUCUUCCUCCUCCUCUACCUCCCCUCCCUCUGGCUGCUCCUCUUCCCCUUGGUGAACCAUUCCUUCCCCGUAGCCCACUCGCUCUCGCGGGUCCUUGUCUUCCCGAUUGUUGUCUCUCAGGUCCUUGUCCUGGAGGCCCUCUUGAUCCAGGUGAGUCUCUUGGUCUGGAUGGUGAAUCCGAAUCCGAAUUAUUUGAGGCCUGACUCCUCCUUGUCCGUGUGCCUCUUCGAGAUGGCCGUUUGCGAGAACCCAUCUUUAGACUGUCCGCUGUUGGGAUGAGG